UCAGGUGAUGAUCUGUAGCUUGUGUCUUAGUGUUUGCGGUCAUUCCUCUACAGCGACAGUGUGUGUGGAUGUGAAGAUGGAGCUGACUUUGCUCUGUGUACUGUCAUUAUUCUUGCUAAAUACGAACGUCCAUGGAAAUGAAGCUGUUUCCUAUGGAGUCUCUGUGACCAAACAUCCCAGCUGGACUCAGACGUUCAGUGGUGAGAGCAUCACUCUCACAUGUGAGACCAAUGGAGGUGGAGACGCUCAGUGGGAGUAUGAAUGGAGAACAAGCAGCUCAAACCAACCUGAUGAUAAAACUGGUAAAGUGUUGAAGAUCAGUGAAGCUGAUGUGUCUCACAGUGGAGACUACAGCUGCAUGGGCAGAAGAAACCAUGAGUCAACACAGUGGAGUGAUGUCAUUAUAUUGACAGUAACAUAUAAGUUGAGUUGUUUUUUAUUAAACACAUUAUUAAUGUUUACAUGAAUCUUUAAAAGUCUCAACCAUUCAACACAACUAUUAACUAUUUAACUAUAACUAUUUGACUGAAGGGAUGAUUAUUACACUCUCACGCUACUGUGCAGUGUCUUCAUCAGGUUUGUAGUUAGAGGAUUGUUCGCAUUUGUCUCUAAUGAGACAAAGAACCAUUAAAACAGAAACAGCUACAGUCAGCCAAUCACAAAGCUUUAAAUCCUGUCUCCAUGGAGACACAAACACGUGUCACCACCAAAACUUACUACACUUCUAACAGUGAUGAUGUCACCAUCGAGAUAACUUAUUCUAAUUCUGUGUCUGUGAGUCUGCAACUGGACUGGACUCAGGUGAUCAGAGGUCAGAUCACUGUUAGAUGUCAGAUCCAGGGAGGUGGAGACACUCAGUGGGUUUAUGACUGGGAAACAACCAGUGGACAAACAAUCACACAUAGAACAUACACUAAUUCCUGGACAGCGUCUGCGUUCAGCAGUGGAGGCUACAGGUGCAGAGGAACAAACAGACAGGACCCAUAUUCUUCAACACGGUGGAGUGAAGCUGCUGCACUGACAGUAUCAGAUGCUGUGUUGACCCUUGACCCCAGCAGGUCCAGGUAUUUUACUGGAGAGUCUGUGACCUUUACAUGUGACAAGAAGGACGACAAACGCACAGAGUGGAAAACCAGACUCAUCAAAGAUGGAGGAGAAAUAGCUUCAUAUAGUGGAUACAUAAUAAAGAUUCUUUCUACAGGAGACAGUGGUAGAUACCAGUGUUUUAGUGUCCACCGGAAAACAAACCACAUAAAACGCAGUGGAACCAUCGAUUUAACUGUGUCAGCAGAACGACCCAAAGCCAGACUGACUGCAGGUCCAUCAACCAUAUCAGUAGGAGGCAGCGUGACACUGAGCUGCUCUGUGGACGGUUCUGAUGGAUGGAAAUACGACUGGUUCAGAUCAGCAGCUCUGAUCAGAACAAACACUGAAUCUAACAGUAUCAGAAUCACAGAUGGAGGCAACUAUUACUGCAGAGGAGGAAGAGGAAACCCAGUUUACUACACACAGAACAGUGUCUCAGUCACUGUUGAGGAAACAGUUUCCAACCAGGCUGCUGUAAAAAGGCAGCAUGACUGGCCUGAGAUAUUCAAAGGAGAGGAGAUCACUCUGACAUGUGAGAUCCAGGCUGGAGGAGACACUGAGUGGGAAUAUGAAUGGACCCAAGGCAACAGAAGAAGAACUCCAGAUGGGAGGAAACUCUGGGUUUUCACUGCUUCUGGUUCCAGUAGUGGAAACUACAAGUGUAGGGGUCGACAGAAAACCAACAGUUAUUCCUUCACAGCAUGGAGUGAUCCUCUACGUUUGACAGUAACAGCGUUUAAACCAAAGGCUGAACUGAGAAGUGAUGAGACAGACAUCCCAGUAGGGGGCAGUGUGACGCUGAGCUGCUCUGUGACGUCAUCGUCUGGUUGGAAAUAUUACUGGUACAGACAUAAAUCCUCUGAGGUCCUGAUCACACAAGAUGGUGAAACCAGUGUCUCUCAGGAAGGACUGUACUGGUGCAGAGGAGGAAGAGGAAACCCAGUUUACUACACACAGUACAGUGACUCAGUGAGCAUCAACAAAAAUGUCCCAAACAAGGUGGUCGUGACUCUUCAUCCCAACUGGACUCAGUUGUUCAGUGGAGAGACGAUCACUGUCAGAUGUGAGAUGGACGACAGAGGAGACACUGAAUGGGAAUAUGAAUGGAAAACACCCAGAACAACAAACACACAACAGAAUGAAGUCAACAUCAGCUCAGCUUCUUCAUCCCACAGUGGAAACUACAGCUGUAGAGGCAGAAUGAGAAACGCUCAACAUAACACAACAGAGUGGAGUCAAUCCAUCAGACUGACAGUCAGUUACAGAAAAGCCCAGUGUGUCCUCACAGCGUCUCCAUCUUGGCUGAGUCCUGGAGCCUCAGUAGCUCUGAGCUGUGAGGUUGAGCCUCCAUCUGCAGGAUGGAGGUUCUACUGGUACCAGACUGUUCCUGAUGGCUCACACAGCUCCUACAGAUAUGAGCUGCUACCUGGUAGUGAGCAUGGGACUGAACAGGGCUCCUACAUGCUUGAUGGACACACACACACAGCAGGAUAUGUGUGUAGAGCUGCAAGAGGAGAACCAGUGUAUUACACUGACUACAGCAAAGCAGCAUUCGUCUGGUCUGGAGAUGUUGAUCCGUCAGCGUCUCUCACUGUGAGUCCUGACACAGUUCAACACUUCACCCGUGACUCUGUGUCACUGAGCUGUGAGGGAAACUCUGCUGAGUGGAGAGUCAGGAGGUUUCCUGAAGGAGGCUUCCUGUCAUCCUGCUCCCACUGGACAACAUCUGGAUCCAGAUGUGACAUCUACACAUCACAGUCUGGUUCUGCAGUGUUCUGGUGUGAGUCUGGAUCAGGACACUUCAGUAACUCAGUCAACAUCACUGUUCAUGAUGCAGGUUUGAUCCUGAUGAGUCCUGUCCGUCCUGUGACUGAGGGACUCUCUGUGAGUCUGAGCUGUAAGUUGAAGACAGGACAAAAAGCUUCCAGUGUGUUUUUCUAUCACAAUGAGCAACUGAUCCAAAACGACAGCAGAGUAGAGCUGAACAUCUCUGCAGUGUCAAAGUCACAUGAAGGUUUCUACAAGUGUUGGUACCAAGGAACAGAGUCUCCACAGAGCUGGAUGGCAGUGAACGCAUCGAAGACAAGCAAUGGAAAAGUUCCUGUGAUGUUGGUUGUUGGACUGGUUUGUGGAGUCGGUCUGCUUCUUCUUCUUCUGCUCCUUUCAUGUCAUUUCAGACGGUCCAAGGGUUCAUGUUUUAUCAGGCCAACUCAGUCAGGAACCUUAUGGAUCUCCAAGACAACUCCCAGUGUCAGCCAGAAUCAAAACCAAUCUGAGGCUCGUGUCUAUGAAUCUGUGAAUGACUCUGAAAACACUGGAAAAGAUGAGGAUGUCCCUUAUUCUGUCAUUGAACUGAAAUCAUUUGAAAAGAACAGAAGGCAGCAUAAACCAGCAGAGAGCUCAGUCUACUCUGACCUGAAGAUACGACCUGCAGAUGUUUGUUCUGUUUCAGACGAUGCUCUGCUCUACGUCCAGGUCAAACACAGCAAGGACAGGAGAAAGAGGGUCAAAGGAAAACCUUCUGCUGCAGCCACUGAUGAAGCUGUUUAUUCUCAGGUCAAACCUGGAACAUCUUUUGGCUACGAUGCAGCCAUGUAGCUUAGUGUGACCACUUAUUCUGCAGAUGUGAUUCAUCAGUAGAACUUAUUUAAAGUAAAGUAGUUGAAUAACAAAUUGUUAGAUAUCUGAUGAGUCCAUGUUGUUGUUUUCCUUUAAUUCUGUAAAUAAAACCAAAUGUUUACAGUGUAAUUUAUAAACCAAAACAUAAACAACCAUUUGCUAUACAAAACAUGAACUGUACAUAUACAUAUUUUUUAAAUUUAUUAACUGCAGGAUGUUUCAACAACUAUGAGCUAUGAGCUAAUUAAUGCACAAUGUUAAGCUUCCCAACAGAAGUGAUGCUGCAGCUUUAAUGUAACAAUCAUUGAUUUACUUAAAUUUUUACUGUGAGCAGUAAGUUUACUGCAAUAUUCUCGUUUUUAAUCUUCAUAUAAUGUGUUUAUUAAACUUCAAUAUUAAACUUU